UUGAGCGAAAAAUGGGUUUGGCAAAUGGAUAUUAGAGGAGAGAAAGCGGAAUCAUGAGCACGACCUCGCCCAAGUCUUCGCUGGCUAAGCUCGGGCUGUACCCCAAGCCGAAGCCCUUCAAGAUCAUGGUCCUGGGACAAUCGGGCGUCGGGAAAUCUGCUUUAGUCGUGCGAUUCAUCACCCGGCGCUUCAUCGGGGAAUACGAUCCCAACUUGGAAAAGAUUUACGCCUUUCAAACUGUAAUUGACAACGAGAUGGUAUAUUUUGAAAUAUUGGACUCUGCGGGGGAUCCUCAUGAGAGCGAGUACACAAAUUUGGAGAGCAACAUCAGGUGGGCCGAGGCGUUCAUCCUGAUGUACUCCGUGACGGACAAGUGCUCCUUCGACGAGUGCCACCGUCUCAAAUUCCUAAUCAACUACAACAAAAGGCGCCGCAGGAUAGCUUCAUCUAUGAAGGGUAGCGUACUGGAGACGCCAGUGGUGCUGGUCGGCAACAAGGUGGACCAGCCGGGUGACCGCAUGGUGUCCACCGAGGAGGGCCAGCGCCGCUGCAAGGAGAUUGGCUGCGUGUGCUUCCACGAGAUCUCCGUGCGCGAGAGCAUCGACCAGGUGUGGGCCGUAUUCAACGACGCGCGCCGAUUCUGGCGCGUGAGCAGCAAGUGGAGCCGCGGGCGAGGCGCCUCGGCGGAGGCCGACGUGCACCCGUUCCCGCUGGAGCACCCGCUGGCGCGCGCCGCCUCCAACACCAUGCCCGAGCCCAGCGCGGUCAGCCAUCGCUGGGCCGAAGUGGAGUCGGACGAGCCCGGCUUCGGCCGCAGCGAUUCCACCUCGUCCUCCGGCCACUCGGAGAGCACGGAGGAGUUCCGCGCGCGCGCCAGCACGGAAUCGCGCCUGCCGCCCCGCCCCGCGCGCCUCCGGCACCCGCCCCUCGCCGGGAACCCGCCGCCGCCGCCGGUCAGGCGGAUGAGCGUCGCUAUGAGGGGAAACAAUUCUAGUACUUAUUGA